AUGGCCUGGCGCUGGACGUGGCUGCAGCUGCAGAUCGCUGAGCUCAACCGACAGUCGCGCGACUGGGAGGACCGGCUCGACCGCAAGCGACGCUCGCGGCAGCGCGUGGUGCCGCUGGUCGGGGACAGCGACAGCAACGGCGACAACGCUCAAGGCUUAACGUUGAAUCCCUCGUCGCCGCCGUCUUCCUGCCUGCGCACGAUGGGACUCGUGCCACCCACGCGCCAUCGCAAGCUGUCGCGGCCACGUGUGCCCAACAAGUACAAGCCACCGCCGCUGCCGCAGUUCGACGACGACGCGCCACAUCCGCUCUUCUCCUCUCCAUUCCCUGGGCUCUAUGCAAACAGGCGACCGUCUCAGGCCGCCGACCAGCCGGCCACGCCCCUGGCGGCCACGGGUGCGGUCGACGGCGCUCCUGAUCUCGAGCGGAGCUCCGUGCCCGUCGACGCUGCUGCCGUUGCCGUUGCUGCUGCUGCUGGGAAGACUCCCGCAGUGACGGACGGCGCCAAGCCCAACAACGCGAGCAUAAGCAAGAAGAGGAGACGAGAGGAGAGAGAACCGAUCGAAGUGAUCGACCGCCCGCCGCCGCCUAAAGUCGAGCCUCUUGCUAGUCGGCCCACGCCCACCGCUGGCCGGGGUAAGGCCGUUGAUCGACGACCUCCUCCAGUGAGCUCCAAGGCUUUAGCCAAGCCCCAGCAGGCUGCGAAGGGGCCGGCCAAGAAGAAGAAACGAAAGUACUCCAACCUGCGAUCGAGCGACUUUGACAUCAACAACUACGUGAGCCUCGGCAAUUCGACCGUGAUCACCACCGAGCACCUGCGCACCGAGAGCAUCUACACGCCCACCUGGCGCCUUCUGGCCGAAGACGAAGACCCGCCCAGCGCAGCAGCGACCGGCGAUGGGUCAUCGAGCGAGGAGGACACGUCAGAUGAAACAUUUGCGUUCCGUCACUUCGAGCAAGAGCUGGUCGAGCGGCGGCGCUAUUUGGCACCCAAGCUCGAGAAGGAGCGCAAGCAGCGCCUGCGUCGGGGACGGGGCGGCGCUGCCGCGGCUACGGCCGCGCCUGCCGCAGUGGCCUCGGGACUCGGCAAGAGCGAUGCAGCAAUCGAUCACGCGGCGAAGGACUCGACCGGUGCUGCCUCUAUCGGUGGUGGUGGUGGUAAACCCCAGGUGCUGCCCACGAGUGCGCGAGCCGCAGGCAACGCGCGGGCGCACAUGUCGCAGGUCAUCAGCUCCCUGGCGGCCCUGCUGCCCAUCACCAAGAGCGACGCCGUGGGUCCGCCGCCAUCAUCGUCCUCCACUAACUUAACGUCGACCACGACCACGCUAGCACCGACGCCAGAGCCCGACGCGGCUGAGCGCAAGCAGUUUCUUAAGCAGAACUUUGCGCUGGCCAAGGACACCUACGUCAACGACUACCUCAUCAACGGGCGCUCGUGGCAACCGCCGCCACGGCCUCAACCCGCGAAGGCCGGCGCUGAUGGCGGCGGCGGCAGCAGCGACGAUGACGACGAAGAUGACGGCGGCGGCGGAGAGUUCGCCGCGAUGGGUCCGGGCUUUGGCUCGGUACCGAGCGGCUCCGGUCGAUUCGCGUACUACGAAGACGCCGGCUACAAUGUCCUGGACGACGACGAUGAAGACGACGACGGCGACGACGACGAGGACCUGUUCACGCCCGGUGCGCCGUCAGCGUCCAAGUCGGCCGCCAGCGCGCGCAAGCGGAAGAAGGUCAGCGGCGGGGGCGCUCGACCGCCAAAUCGCGGCAAGGGCGGAGGUGGCGGCAAAGCUGGAGGCGGCAAAGGCAGAGGCAAGGGCCGCGGCAAGGGCGUCGGCGCUCAACACCUCCUCGCUCCCCCGCUUCCGCCCGCGCUCCGCAGGCACGAGAGCGGCAAGAAGCAGCCGCGCGGGUUGCGCCAGCGACAACGCGCGACGAAGGCGUCAGCUACGGCGACCCCGGCGAACGACGACGUCGUUGUAGGCGAUGACGACGGACUAGAGUACAUGGAAGUGGCCGAGGAGGAAGAGGAGCAGGAUGCCGAGAACGAGAUCACGGGCGACGAGGACAGCGACGACGACGAUGAGGACCUAGCGGCGGUGCUCUUUGAUGAUGACGACGAGGGCGAUGAAGACGAUGACGACGGUAUCGACGAACUUGAAGCCGACUACGAAGGGCUGCCCAUGGGCCUCAAGUGGGAAGUGGUCGAUCGUCAACCGCCAACGACUGCGCAGCCGGAAGCCGCCAAGCCGCCGACCGAGAGCGACGCCACCAUCGGCGGCGAUGGUGGGCCACAGAAGCCAAGGAACGUGAUCGUCAUCAAGCGAACCUCGCUCGUGCUGGCCUCGACCUAG